GUCGCCUCUCACACACAGACCUGUGGGGGAUAUGCAGUAACGCUAGCGGCAGCUGAGUUGGCAGCAUCGGCAUGUUUGAGUAGAAACGAUCAAUACAUUUGUCUUACAUGAGCAGUUCGGUGUUAAUGAUGGGGCAGUGCGGCGUGACGUCCUCGAAGACCGUCCUGGUCUUUCUGAACCUGAUAUUCUGGGCAGCUGCUGGCAUCCUUUGUUAUGUUGGGGCCUAUGUCUUCAUUACUUAUGAUGAUUAUGACCAUUUCUUCGAAGACGUGUACACUCUCAUCCCAGCUGUGAUCAUCAUAGCAGCCGGAGCUCUCCUGUUCAUCAUCGGGCUCAUUGGAUGCUGUGCCACAGUGAGGGAGAGCUACUGUGGACUUACAACAUUUGUCGUCGUUCUCCUGCUGGUUUUCAUGACAGAAGUGGCAGUGGUGGUUCUUGGGUAUGUUUACAGAGCAAAGGUUGAAGACGAAGUUAACAGUUCUAUCAUAAAAGUUUAUGAUGAGUACAACGGCACCAACAGCAAUGCCCAGAGCCGUGCCAUCGACUACGUGCAGAGACAGCUUCAGUGCUGUGGAAUCCACAACUUUUCAGACUGGAGGCAUACCCGCUGGUACGAAGAAUCGAAAAACAACAGCGCUCCCAUCAGYUGUUGCAAAGCUAACAUGGCAGGCUGCACCGGGUCCCUCGCUCAUCCUGAAGAUCUCUAUCAGGAAGGUUGUGAAGCUCUGGUUGUGAAGAAAUUAAAGGAGAUCAUGAUGUCUGUCAUCUGGACUGCCUUGACAUUUGCUACCAUCCAGGUUCUGGGGAUGCUUUGUGCCUGUGUGGUGCUGUGCCGCAGAAGCAGAGAUCCUCCCUACGAGCUUCUCAUUACAGGAGGCACUCCUGCAUAAAAAUGGCAUGCACUUUUCUCCACACAACUUACUUUCAAAACUUGUGCAAUUGGUGAGAGCAUGAAUAAACCUGUUACCAUACACGCUAACAGUAAACAUACUUGUAUUUCCCCUUUUCAGUAAGCUUUACGCCAAGUUUAUUGAAGGGCACUGAUACAACUUUUUGCUCUGAGAUUAUAAAAACUUAUUUUUAUCAAACUCAGACUUUUGUUGAAUGUGAACAGAGUCAUUUUAUUUUAGUAGCAUCCAGACUGUUAUAUUUAUUAUUUUCAAAUCUGUCAAGUACUUGAAUGAAAGAGUGAGAUUAUUAUCUUGUAAUCAAACCCUAGUUCUCCUGUUCAGUAGUAGCUGAAACCUCACUUUUCACCUGCAUAAGAUGGGCAGCACCAAGUCAACUGCACAGCAUGUUUUAGUCUGUAAAUCAUGUAACCUGGCUAUAUAUUGUCCAAUUCCUAUUUUAAGAAGGAAAUCUUGUGUUGAUUUGAAGUGUUCUUUCAUUUUUAUCUGGGGAGAUUUUGUUUUCAGUUCACAGCUGCUUGCUUUUGACCUUCAAAAGCUACUGAUUUUAAUUUUAGAAAAGCGUUGACAUGUAGCAGAUAUAGGACUUGAGAAUAUAAAUAGAAUAUAAGUGAAAGUUUGAAAUAAAAUACCUCUGUUUUAUGG